AUGAUUAGUGCCUUCAUUCAAGAAAAUCACACCACCUGGGACGCGCACAUAGCGGAAUUCGCUUUCGCUUACAACACUGCGAUACAUGAAGCGACGCGCGCUAGUCCAGCUUUCCUUAAUUACGGGCGGCACCCUGAACUUCCCGACUCCAAGAAAAAAAGGGAAGAUAGAGACCGAGUCCGUAACCUUGAAGCUGCGGCAGUGGAACACUGGCACGCAAGGAUGGAGAAAUUGGAUGAUUUCCGCGCCGUCGCUAGGGAAAACACUCGGAUUGCGCAAGAUCGUCAACAGAAGUAUUACAACGUAAAGCGAAGAAGUGUAGAGUAUUGCGUGGGAGAUAAAGUCUGGGCCAAAAACCGCUUACUUUCUUCAGCUGCAAUGAAAAUAGCUGCUAAGCUGAGUCCAAAGUUUGCGGGACCUUUCAUUGUAACUGCUCGCCUGGGUAUGAACUCAUACCAACUGAGCAAUGAAGAGGGCCAAGAUAUAGGCAAGGUUGCUGUAUGCGACUUGCGGCCUUGUCACAGCGAGGACCAAUGUCCGGACGCGGACGAAGAGGAGAAGGAAGAACCCAAGUCCGAAGAAGAAUUGGAACUCAAUAAUUUGUUCUCCCCCGCGCCUGCGGAAGAUAUAUCCAAGUUGGAUAGACCGGGAAGUAGCGAGGCGAACUCCAAACCGCGGAGAAAACGUGGCCGACCGAAAGGCAAGAAGAGACUCGCGUUGCGUGCGAAUCCGCCGUCACCGAGACGACUCCGUUCCAACCGAAAUUAA